AUCAACAACUAUGAGAUAAUCGAUGAACUUGGCAGAGGCACGCACGGCAAAGUCAAGCUUGGUCGUAAUCUCGCCACAAACGAGUAUGUCGCAAUCAAAAUCGUCGAGCGAUAUUCCAAAAAGCGUCGACUCGGCAAACUAGGUAACGCCGAAGACAAGGUUAAGAAAGAGGUCGCCAUUUUGAAGAAAGCUCGACACCCCAACAUUGUUGCCCUACUGGAGGUUAUCGAUGAUCCUGCUCGCAAAAAGGUCUACAUUGUGCUGGAGCGUGUCGAACUUGGUGAAAUCGUAUGGCAAAUUCUCGACGCUGACUUCCAUCCCGAUUUGCAGUUUGUCCCUUGCAUGUCUAUGAAUGCUGCUCGAGUGGCCUUCAGGGACACUGUUCUAGGUUUGCAGUAUCUGCAUUACCAGGGCAUCAUUCACAGAGAUAUCAAACCCCCCAACCUCUUACAGACAGCUGAUCACCGAACAAAGAUCUCGGAUUUUGGCGUUUCAUAUCUUGGCCGUCCAAUUAAUGAUGACCAACUCGCAAAGACGGUAGGCACUGCAGCUUUCUACGCUCCCGAGCUUUGUUACACAGACGGGACCAGUGAGACUCCUCCAGUCGGACCUGCAAUCGACGUAUGGGCUCUUGGAAUUACUCUAUUCUGCAUGCUGUUUGGACGCACACCCUUCGUCGACAAUGAAUUCGUCGUCAUGAGGCGCAUUGCCGACGAAGAGAUUUAUGUUCCUCGAAGGCGUCUGCGACCAGUUGAUCCACGUCCCAAGUCUCGUCCGUCUUCCCAUGGUCGCUACUUCCCACCUGCGGCCUCAGGAAAGAGAUCUGAGUACGAGCUAGCGUACGAAGACCUGGAUGAUCUGCUCCUUGACUUGUUCCGCAGGCUACUUCAAAAAGAUCCCGCAAAGCGCAUCACCCUAGAGGAAGUCCGGCACCAUCCAUGGGUCGUCCAAGAC